AUAUUUAAUAGCCGCGCCGAUGCCGUACCGUGCGCUCGUCUGCAGUCGCGCCGCGCCACAUCACAAUCGUCCGGUCGCCGUCGCCGCGUAGUAGUCGUCGUCUGCGCCAGUGUCGCCGUCGUAUUCGUGUUCGUCGUCGUCGCCGCCGCGUCCGCACGACUCUGUGAUUAUAAUAAUAUUAGAUAUUAUAAUAUUAUUUCAUAAUAUUACACACUGCGUUUGUGAUCGCCGUUUUACAGUCGUUUUUGCCGUUACUGUCGUACAAGUGUUACGCAAUCGUACUCGCGCGAUGAUGGUGUUGGACUCGGGACAAGCGUCCCCGUCGUUACGGCUGUACGCCGCGGCUGCCGCGGCCGCGGCCAACAGUUACGGUGGCGGGGCCGUCGCGACGUCCGGAGGCGCAGGGCAACAGUCCGGCGGCGGUACAGGAGGCGUCCAGAUGCCACCGCAUCCGCUGUUCCCGCACUUUGCCGCCCGUUUCCCGCACGGCAUGGCGUCCGCGGCCAGUUUUGCGGCCGCCGGCCUCUCGCCGUUUCUCCAGCAACACCACGUCGAGCACGCGGCCGCCCAGCGAUACGCGAUCGCGGCAGCCGCGGCCGCUGCGGCUGCAAGGAACAACUCGGUCGCCGGCCACGUAAUGUCCGCGGCCGUGCACCAACAACAACAGCAACAACAACAACAACAACAACACCAACACCUCCAUCACCGGCCCAACUCGGAACCAGCGGGUAAGAAACGGCCUCACCACCACCACCAGCAACAGCAGCAGCAGCAGCACCAAUUACUGCUGCAGCAGCAACAGCAACAGCAGCAGCAGCAGCAACAACAACAGCUACAGCAGCAGCAACAGCACAGGAUUAUUAACAUGUCGGGCAAUCAUAGUGACGACAGCGCCUCCGAAAACGGAUCACCUAAAAAAGGUGGAGUGGACGGAGACAGCGCAGCAGGUAGUUCGGAAGACCUGGCCAACAAACGGCGAAGGUCCAGGACAAACUUCAACACGUGGCAGCUGGAAGAGCUGGAACGGGCGUUUUUGGCCAGCCACUACCCCGACGUGUUCAUGAGGGAGGCUUUAGCCCUGCGGUUGGACCUCAAGGAGUCCAGAGUGGCUGUAUGGUUUCAAAACCGGCGAGCGAAAUGGAGGAAAAAGGAACACACCAAAAAGGGCCCGGGUCGACCUGCCCACAACGCGCAUCCGGUGACUUGUUCCGGAGAGCCAAUACCUGCGGACGAGUUACGGCGCAAGGAGCGCGAACGGCGGCAGAAAAAGUUGCUCAAGAGCUUGGAACGACAGCAGAGGAAGUUGGCUGCCAAAGGAGUGCACGUUGACUUGGACACGCUGCGCAAGGAAUGGGAGUCUCAGCAAGCUAACAAUGCGGCCAAAAAACACGGUCAGAUGGAUUGCGGAGUGGUCGGCGGAGGAAUGGACGGAGUCGGCGGAUCGUCGAACGCCGGUAUGGAUCUGUCUUUCCACGACUCGUCAAGCUGUUGCAGCGGACAGACGAGCCGGGACGAGGAGAUCGACGUGGUCGGCGAAGAGGACCACCUCCUGCACCACCACCACCACCACCACCAACACCAACACCCACACCAACACCACCACAGGAUGUUGCACCACAGGCGGAGCGCAAGCACGACGUUCGACGAUGACGACGACGACGACGAUUUGGACGAGGACGAGGACGAGGGACUGCCGCCGUACGCACGCGCGGCUGCGGCUGCGGCGGCGGCGGUGGCUGCUGUGGCGGCCGCUUGCCGGGGCAACGACAGCUGUAGUUCGGACGACGAAUACGGCGGCGGGCGUUUGUACAGGCGGCCACCGGCCGCCGACGGCGAUACGUCGCCGCCGCCACCGCUGCUGAACCUGACCACGUCGUCGACGGCCACCGCGGACAAGGCCCGCCGUCUGAACCCGUUCAGCAUCGAAUCCCUGUUGGCCGGCGGCAAUCGACCGUUCAGCAUUACCGCGGCCCACGUCAACAACAUCAACAACAUCAACAACAACAAUAUCAACAACAACAACAACAACAACAACAACAAAGUGUGAACUCGCUCCCGCGCGUACCUCAUCACACACAUUCCCACCGUCGGUUUGCAUAAGUUUCGUCGUCGUCGUCAUUCGUCAUCAUCAUCGCAGGUUCCUAUACGACGUAAUAAUAUGAUAUUAUAAUAUAGUAUACAGUCGAGUACCGAUAACUCGAAUUUCAAAGUGAAUAACAAUAAAUUUGACUUAAUUCUAUGUUGUUAUAAUAUGAGUUGUACACCUACCUCAGACACAACUUAAAAACGCCACGAGAGGUGCGAAAAAAAAAUUCGAGGUAUCGAGCUUUGAGUUAUUGAGAAUCGACUGUAAAAUGUACAUUUAAUGUUUUAGAUAUUUAAUUUUAUCGAACAUCCGAUUGUCUAUAAUUAUAUAAUAAUUUAUCUGUAAAAAUUACGUUUCGCGUUUCUUUCUCUCGCUUAAACUAUUUGAUUUUUAUUCUGGAGACUGCAACAGCGGUGUACACCGUAGGUAUAUCGUAUAAUAAAAUAUAUCAUAAUAACACUCGGCUGCAGGCGAACAAUAGAUCGUCGUACAUAAAACAUAAUAAUUUAUAAUAAGCGUUACGAUAUUCAAUUUUAGUCAACGUUUUUUUUUUUUUAUUAUUUUCGAAAUUUUUCAAUCGAGUCUUUCGUGGCAUUAUAAUAUUAUAUAUUAUUAUUAUAUUCGUAUUACGGUAGGUACCUGCCUGAUACGUACAUUGUAUGAAUAAGUGCAACCGAGAUUCGGCCCGACGACAAACACGCGAUUUUUGACUUCUGUUAAUCACUUGUUUUUUAUCAUUUAUUAUUAUUAAUAUUAUUAUUUGUUGUACAAUUAUUAUUAUAUCCGUAUACCACCUGCCUGCGAUUUGAUGACAGCGCUAGCAGGGAACCCCGUCCUCAUUGUAGUACCUAUAUAUUAUAUUGAUGACGCAAUUUGCGAAAUUACUUUGGAACCCGCGUGGAUUAAUAUCAUAUAUUAUACAUUAUUAUAUUGUAAAACGUCAUAUUAUUUAUUUACUGUUCUCUGUACAGAUCUAUAUAUAUUAACCCCCGUCCGUUAUAAACAGCCCAUUAGUAAGUAUAACGAAAAUCUAGUCAAUAAUAUUUAUUAUAUGUUUACGUUGUAAGUUAACACAUUGUAUAAUAAUAAUUGUCGUAUAUAUAUAUAUAUAUAUUAUGAAAUUGUAAGUAAUUUAGUUAAGACACGUUUAUAAUAGCGAUUGCUGUAUUAUCAUAUUGCAUACACCGUGGACGAAAUAUGUCGUGUACACCCAUUUCAUUUUCCGGCUGGCGCAAAUGAUCUGUAAAUUUAAACACGCGAGUGCAAUGUGCGAGUAGAGGUAUAUCAUAAUAAUAUUAUUUUGUACUACCCGCGUGUACGGUUUUGGUCCGAAGAAACACAUUUUAUGAUAUUAAUGUUAUUAUAUUAUAUUAUAAUUAUAUUACUGUGUAUAGAAUGUAUAUCAUUUCUUAUUGUUUUCGUCCACUUGUCGCAGACGCAGACCCUCGGCCCUUGCCCUUGCGGUGUACGAACUGCGCAGUGAAAGAGAGACUAUGCGAACUGCGCAGUAAAAGAAAGACUAUGCGAACUGCGCAGUGAAAGAGAGACUGUGCGAACGGACGAGAGAGAAAAUAAAACUCAUCGUUUUUGAUCGCUACCGUUCCUAUACAUCGCACUCUCGUGUAUAUUAUACGUUUCACGUGCAUCGAUCCCUUUGCUCCGGAACGACUUGUAUAAACGCGUUUUUACGUUAAGGUUUUUAUUAUAAUAUUACGUAUACGAUUGUAUUAUACAAAACGAAAUAAUAAUCAUAUUAAUAAAAAUAAAAAGUUGAAUUAUUAUCGUCA